CCAGCAGCGUCUCUCUGGGGCCCGUCCUUUCGGCCUCCUCCUCUGAGGACUGUGACUCAGGUUGAAGUGUCCCCUGACUGCAGGGAUUGAGGUCAGACGUCAGGAAGGACUUACAGCAUGUGUCCGGCCCUGGACUGCCACGUGGACUCGCCUGUGUACCUCCGUCUCCUCCGCCCUAUGAUCUCCUCCUCAUCACCCCCUCUACCCGCCGGACUUCAGAUCUGACCCCCCAGCCGCCUGCCGUGCCCCCUGGAGCUCCCCCGUCAUCCCCCGAGCAAGAUGCCUAUCCUCAAGCAGCUCGUGUCCAGCUCGGUGCACUCCAAGCGCCGCUCCCGCGUGGACCUCACGGCCGAGAUGAUCAGCGCCCCCCUGGGCGACUUCCGGCACACCAUGCACGUGGGCCGGGCGGGGGACGCCUUUGGGGACACCUCUUUCCUCAACAGCAAGGCCGGCGAGCUGGACAGUGAGUCCCUGGACGAGCAGGCCUCCUCCUCGUCCUCCAAACGCAGCCUCCUGUCCCGGAAGUUCCGGGGCAGCAAGCGGUCGCAGUCGGUGACCAGGGGGGACCGGGAGCAGAGGGACAUGCUGGGCUCCCUGCGGGACUCGGCUCUGUUCGUCAAGAACGCCAUGUCCCUGCCCCAGCUGAACGAGAAGGAGGCGGCCGAGAAGGGCUCUGGCAAGCUGCCCAAGAGCCUGUCGUCCAGCCCCGUGAAGAAGGCGAGCUCCGGGGAGGGCGGCCAGGAGGAGGUGGGCGAGGGGGAGCUUGGGCCCCGGCGGAACGGGGCAGCCGCCCCCCACUCCCCGGACCCCCUCCUGGAUGAGCAAGCCUUCGGGGACCUGACAGAGCUGCCCAUCGUGCCCAAGGCUGGCUUGGGGCUCAAGCACGCUGAGUCCAUCAUGUCGUUCCACAUUGACCUGGGACCCUCCAUGCUGGGGGACGUCCUCAGCAUCAUGGACAAAGAGGAGUGGGAACAGGAGGAGGAGGCUGGCGGUUACCAUGACGACGGGGACGCAGCACCACACAGCACCCUGCAGGCUCCCCUGACUGUGGCGGGGGCAGCGGCGGCGGGGGGCCCUCCGAGGGCCAGGCAGGAGGGCGCUGCCGGCCGGGACCUGCCCCAGGACGAGGGGUGGGCAGCGGCCCCCAGCCCCGGCUCAGCCCGCAGCGAAGGCAGCCACACCACGCGGGACAGCAGCUCCCUGUCCAGCUGCACCUCGGGCGUCCUGGACGAGCGCAGCCCAGUCCCCCGGGGUCCCGAGAGGGCUCGGGCCCCGCUGUCCCGGCAGCCCGACAAGGAGUUCUCCUUCAUGGACGAGGAGGAGGAUGAGGAGAUCCGAGUGUGAGGGGCUCCCGGCCUCCCUGCGCCCAAGCCACCCCCCCCUUCCUUGCCCCGUCUCCUGUGCAGGGCAGCCAAGAGCCCGGCUUCGGUUGCAGACCCUGGACCUCCCGGAUGAGAGGCGCUGGCGGGGGCCGUGGGGAGCACCCAGCCCUUCUGAGCACUGUGGGACAGGCGGGGGCUGACAGAAGGAACCGGCUGUCCCUUUCCUCUCCUGGUGUUCCUCCUGUGACCGGUGGCUUGUGGCAGAAGGAAGGGUGGUCCCAGGCCCCCAGCGCCCCCAUCCCUCAUCCCCGGUUCAUGCAUCACAAGCCUGGAGCCCCCCGGAGCAAAGCCGGACCGAAUGUGUGCACUAAACGCAGCCCCUUCUAGGGGAAGAGAACAGGAUGGGGAACGAAAGGAGGCCUCAGGCUUCUGGAAUUUUCUAGAAGGGGCUCUUCCAGGAAGACACUAGAAAUAGGUUGGGCACUGGCUUCAACAUUGAUUUGUUUGUUCUUGUCACGUUUAAAUCCUUCCAGAGUGGUAUCUGGAACAGUGUUGUUAGUAGUUCUGCUGCCAGAAGGAAAAUCAAAUCCUUUUAGAAAACCUUUAUACUAAGUGCUUCCAAACUUUAUUUAGAACCUAUGGGGCGGGUGUCUGUGCUCAGUCUGUCCCUCCUCCUGCCCCAUGGCUCUUAACAGUUGAAGGCAGCCAGUAUAGAAAGUUACUGGAAAAUGACUUUUUAAAAAAUAAUAUAUCAUUCCUAUGGAGGGAUAAAA